UAUACAUACAUACAUAGCACCGCCCUCUCUCCUCUCUUCUUCAAAAGCGCACCCUAUUCUCUUCUCCCCUAUUCUGCAUAUCGCAUUUGUUCUUCUUGAAUCUCUUGAGAGAGAGAGAGAGAAAGAAAGAGAGAAAGUAAGAGAUGGAAAGAAUGUUCCCUCCAAAGAAGCCCUCAACUAUGAAUUCCCAUGACAGACCCAUGUGUGUUCAAGGCGACUCGGGUCUCGUUCUCACCACUGACCCCAAACCUCGCCUCCGUUGGACCGUUGAACUCCAUGAACGUUUCGUUGAUGCUGUUACUCAGCUUGGUGGCCCUGAUAAGGCGACUCCUAAAACCAUCAUGAGGGUUAUGGGUGUGAAGGGUCUCACACUUUACCACCUCAAGAGCCACCUUCAGAAAUUUAGGCUCGGGAAGCAGCCCCACAAGGAAUUCAACGAUCACUCGAUUAAGGAUGGUAUGAGAGCUUCGGCAAUAGAACUGCAACGAAACACUGCCUCGUCUUCUGCCAUGAUUGGCCGUAACAUGAACGAUAACUCACACAUGGUUGAUGCGAUUAGGAUGCAAAUAGAGGUGCAGCGAAGACUCCAUGAACAACUUGAGGUGCAAAAACAUCUUCAGCUAAGGAUUGAGGCACAAGGAAAAUACAUGCAAAGCAUAUUGGAAAAGGCGUAUCAAACCCUGGCAACUGAGAACAUGGGGGCGGUGGCGGCAGCGGCAACGAACAUGAAGGGGAUUGGAGGCGGAGCCCAUGGAAUCCCUGACAUGGGUGUCAUGAAGGACUAUGGUUCCCCUCUAAACUUCACAUCUUUCCAAGACCUUGACAUGUACGGCGGCGGAGGCGGAAAUGACCAAAUUGACCUUCACCAAAACCUGGAGAAGCCAACCCUUGACGGUAGUGGAUUCCUUCCAAUCAAUGAGGGUCUUUGCCUUGGUGGGAGCAAUAACAAUAGUAAUAACAAGAAGAGGUCAAACCCUUAUGGUAGUGGCAACAACACUGGGAAAAGCCCUUUGAUUUGGAGUGACGAUCUUAGGCUUCAAGAUUUGGGAACAGCUUCUUCAUGCCUUGGUGAUGAUCCUUUGUUCAAAGGUGAACAAAUCCAGAUGGAUCAUAGAGGAACUCAUGAGAUUGAUCCAAUGGCUGAGAUCUAUGACACAAAGCCUGUUCUUCAAGGUGCUGACGGAGAUAACAAGAAAUUUGAUGCUUCUAUGAAGCUUGAAAGGCCUUCACCCAGAAGGAUGAGUCCUAUGAUCAGCACUGGAACCAUGGCACAAGGUAGAAGCUCACCAUUUGGAUGAGAAUGCUUCUCGAUUGUAAUUGAUUAUGAUGAUGACGACUUAAUUAAAUAACUCUCUCCGAAUAGUAUCAUAUAUCUAGGGUUUUUUUCGAGUUGGGGUAUUUUGGUAAAAUUAGAAGCUCAUACGAGGGUUAUUUCCUCCUCUCAUCAAGUACUGUUUAUUAUUAUGUGGGUAUAAUGCCGUUUGCAUGGCCAAGUAUAUGAGUCUUAUUAUUAUUA